AUGAUUUCUCGGAUUAUUGACAAUGGCUACACUUACAAGGUUGAUGAUGGCGAUGUUUAUUUCUCGAUUGAUACUUUCCCUAAAUACGGAGAACUAUCAGGGCGAAAUUCAACUGGUAACAACAGAGCAGGUGAACGGGUUGCUGUGGAUUCGAGAAAGCGAAAUCCGGGCGAUUUCGCGUUGUGGAAGGCGGCGAAACCCGGAGAGGAGGCAAUCAGUUGGGAGAGUCCAUGGGGUUUAGGAAGACCAGGCUGGCAUAUAGAAUGCAGCGCGAUAAGCGAGAAAUACCUGACGAAUUCUUUCGACAUUCAUGGCGGCGGGAUGGAUUUGAUUUUCCCGCAUCACGAGAAUGAGGUUGCUCAGAGCUGUGCUGCAGCCAAUCUCCCGGAAUAA